CGUCACUGCAAACGACAACAAAAAUUGCGACAAGCGAAAAAAUGUCGGCGUGGUGAUUUCGCGACUAGCAGUUUUUUCCAUUUUUUACUGAAAAGUGUAGCAAAAUUCGACGAAAAAAUGUCUAUAUCGGCUAAUAUAAGUGUGGAAGCACCGAUCGAAAGUCAAAUUCAGGAGAUUGCCUACGAUGGGACGGAGAUUUACCAGUUGGCACCGACUCUGUCGGAGCAUUUGGCUAAGUGUGCGGCCAAGAUCGAUUUUAGCAAAACGGUGAACGAUUUGGAUCUGGUGAAGCAAAGCAUCAAAAAAGAGGACGAGAAAAAGGACGACGAGUCGAAGGAUGCUGCGGCGCACUUCCAGUCCAGUCUAUGGCCGUGGGAUUCCGUAAGGAAUAAGCUGAAGGAUGCCUUUACGGAGGUGUGCGUGCUAUCGGAUGUAUUGGCUAUUGCCAAGGAGAAGCGGUUUAUGGUGUUGGAUCCGAUUCCGCAGGAGCCACCGGAAGUGAAGCCGAUGGUGCAAGUUUAUGCGAGAAAGAAGGCGCUGGCCAGUGCGGCAAAUAUUUUGCUGACCGGUGCGGAGCGACUGAAGACGGCUCACUCGGAUCAGGGCGGAAACAGGAGUGCACCAGAUUUUCACAUAGAGCUGUUAAGAUUAAGGAGAAAUUGGCGGUUAAAGAAGGUUUCCAAUACGAUCAUAGGCGAUUUGAGUUACCGGACUGCGGGAUCUAAGUUUAUGCAUCCGGGAAUGUUCGAAGUUACCAAGGCGGAAGAUGAGGAUACUGGCGAAGAAAGUGGUGCGGCAGCACCUGGAACAGUGGCAACUGCUGGGGCUGCUCCGGAACCGAAACUAACUUCGCUAAAGGUCAACGUUCCGACGGAACUGCAAGGAGUAGCCUUCAUCAAGGUUAUCACCCAAAAGGACCAAGGAGACCUUUGCACAGCCACAUUAAACAUGAUGGGAUCGACACAAUUAUUCCCACAAGUUGGCGAGUGGCAGAAGACACUUGAUUUUGCUCAAAAUGUUCUCUUCUGUAAGGAACUGUUCAAUCAGCUCGCCAGAGAGGCUGUUCAGUUGCAGGCCCCGAUCCCGCACGUCGUUGUUGGUAAUCAGAUCCGGGCCACAUUGCUUCCGGGCAUUCAACUGGUAAUCUCGCUGUGUCAUUCGACCUCGUCGGACUCGAACAACAGCUCCGAACCUAUCAAGGAUCAUGAUCACGUGCUGGAGCAUUCGCUGCAUCAGCUGUUACGGGAGUUCCAUCAUAAAAACACUCACCAUCCCUUUCCACAUCCGGCCAGUGCUCCGCUGGGCCCGAGCAAGAAGCGCAUGCUAGCUGGUCCUUCUGCCUUCGAUCGGUACGAACUUUUAGAAAUGACUAAAUCUCAAACACUUCUAGAGCAAAUCAUUGCCCAAGCGCAGCACAUUUUCACCCGACGUCGAGCUCAGUACGUCCUGGACACUUUAGCUCGAGAAGUGAAAGAUCCCCAGAUAACGUCCCACUGGAAUGCCAUGAACAGCCCUACGAUGUCGUGCGUCAAAAUCAACAUAACUUCCCACGGCUAUGACGCCAACUUACGGACAUCACUCGUCAUUCACGUAAAAGAGCGCUCCCUCAAAUGCAUCUGUCGGGAUGGCCGCAUCAUGCACAUGUCCUACGAGAUGCAGGAACUCCGGGAUCUAAUCCUCUACCAGAUCAGCCAGCAUCAAAUCGUUUGCCUCCAAAGCCUGGCCAAGUGUAUGGCGUGGCAAAUCUUGUCCAACAGUAGCCACCUGGGAAUCGGAUCGGUAGAACCGCUCGGGAAUGCCAGCUCGUGCGUGCUGGCGUCGCCCAACAGUGAUCGUUUGAUUGCGGUGCAGGUACGAUGUGAUCCCCAGCUGGAUGUGAAGGUGUACAUCGCUCAAAGCCCCGCCAAGGACUUCUUCCCCGGAUCGCUGGUGCAGGAACGCCACUGGGAACAUCUGGGAGGGCACUUCAAGGAGCUACGGUUCGAUAAAAUGGAAGGCAAAAAUUUCCACAACAAGAUGGAAUUCCUGAUGGCAAGCUUGACCAGUCAAACCUAACCACUGGUGUUCAACGGUAUUUUCAUCCCAUCGGAAUCGAACGGCAGCCACGUUCCGGAUUUGGUGGUGGAACAGCUGUCAUUUGAUGUACCUAGGCCACCACCGCCGUCGCCGCCGCCACAUGGAACAAGGUAAGACCGAUAUUCAGUAUAAGAUUCAUUCGCAAACAUCUCUAAUUUACUUCGAUAGACAUAGGCAAGGGAAAUCAUAGACCCACUUAUAAGAGCAGAGUAUUUCUUAAUAAAUAAUCGCAAUACAUA